AUGACCUCAUCCCCUCCUAGGCAACCUGGGCACAUCCAUCUUAACCAGUCUCCUCCACGCCCCGCCCGCUACUACCGCGGAGAAUGCGCUACCAUUCACCCACUACGUCGCCUGCGUCCGCAGCGCCACCUCCUCGCAGCGCCUGACCCAGCGCGGGACCCCGUGGCCGCCGUGACCGCCGCCGACGUGGUCAUCCUGGCCAUCGACCCGGCCGAUAUCCAGCAGGCAUUAUCCCAGCCGGCGCUAGCACAGGCCUUGAAAUCGAAACUCCUGGUCAGCGUGGCGGCCGGGUGGACGACCGCGCAGCUGCACGAGACCCUCGGCGACUCGACCCGAGAGAUGCGCAUCGUGCGCACGCUGCCUAACAUCGCGGCGCAGGUCUCGGAAUCGCUCACCGCUAUUGAAGUGUCCCCUUCAUCUUCUUCCACGGAAGACGAAGUGACACUCAACCUGGUCGAGCAAAUCUUCACCCGCGUCGGCAAGACUAUCCGCGUGGGCCCGUCGCAGAUCGACGCCAUCACGGCCGUGGGUGGAUCGACGCCCGCUUUCUUUGCUAUUAUCUGCGACGCCCUGAUCGACGCCGCCGUGGCUACGGGGGUGCCGCGCGAUGUUGCUGGUAUGGCGGUCGUGCAGGCCAUGAAGGGCAGCGCGGCCAUGAUGCAAGAGGGGGGAUUGAGUCCCGCCGAGUUGCGCGACCAGGGCACUUCGCCGGCGGGAUGUACGAUGGCGGGCGUGAUGGCGUUGGAGGAGGGGAGUCUUCGGGGGGUGCUGGGACGGGGAAUGCGAGAGGCGGUGGGGAGGGCGAGGGGGAUGGGAGAUCGUGAUUGA